UGAUUUGAUGCUUGUGUUUUGGAAUUUGUAAAAAUGGGGGCUGGGGAGGCGAACCACAGGUACAACGGGAAAUCUAAAAUGGAUUAUUACGAACUUCUGUCCCUUUUUUUUGUUACACUGAUGAGGAUGCGUUAAAUGCAUAAUGAUCCUCGCAUGCAUGAUUGCUGUGAUGUUUUGAUGGAGGCUGAACUUGGAGAUGACAAUGCACGAUUUGCGUACCUAAUUACGCCAAUUGAAUUACUGCAAAUGUUUAGGAACAAACCCGAUGCCUGCGAUAGUCAUGCACUAAUUUAAAAAUAUAACGGCAGCAUAGUAUAUGUAAAGUAUGUGAAUUUGCCCAUUCGGAAUUUUGGCAUUAACAAGAGUGUCUCGGUGGGCGAUCACAUUUUCACUCAGAGCUGUGAAUCAUUUUGACGACGUUUAACGAAGGAUUAGAUCGCAGAUUGCGUGCUUAAUGAUUUGCGUUAAUGUGUUAGUGCCAGAUACUCGACCGAGAUAACGCACACUUUGCGUAAAUUGUUGUUGUUUUAUAACACGCUGUUGCACAGCCUUAUAUUAGCGCUAGUGUCCUAACAGAGACUCCAGCUUUACUCUAGUUAGUUCCUGUGGGAAAACUCUUAGCUUUAAAUAAAGCCUGAACUGUGAGUGAGGAUUCAUCAAUUGGGGGAAUGAUGUGGGGUGGAAGAGGAGUGGCUUGCCUGUGGAUUUGGGCCUGUUUACUGGUGACUAAUGCACUGGCCGGAAAAAGCUCCAAUCAGAAUACAGAUGAGCAGAAAGACAACACCACAGUUUUCACCAAGAUUCUGGACAGCCUCCUCGAUGGCUAUGACAACCGUCUGAGGCCCGGCCUUGGAGAGCGUGUUACCGAAGUGAAGACUGACAUUUUCGUGACAAGCAUUGGACCGGUGUCAGACCAUGACAUGGAGUACACCAUAGACGUAUUCUUCAGGCAGAGCUGGAAGGAUGAGAGGCUUAAAUUCACAGGUCCUAUGGCAGUGCUUCGUCUUAACAAUCUGAUGGCCAGCAAAAUAUGGACCCCCGACACGUUUUUCCACAACGGCAAGAAGUCAGUCGCCCAUAAUAUGACUAUGCCCAACAAACUCUUGAGGAUUACAGAAGAGGGCACUCUACUCUACACCAUGAGGCUCACUGUCAGAGCUGAAUGUCCCAUGCACUUAGAGGACUUCCCGAUGGACGCCCAUGCUUGCCCUCUCAAAUUUGGCAGCUAUGCCUACACAAGGGCUGAAGUGGUGUACGUGUGGACACGAGGGGCAGCACAGUCCGUGGUGGUGGCUGAUGAUGGCUCCCGUCUCAAUCAGUACGAUUUGAUGGGACAGACCGUUGACUCGGGCGUUGUGCAGUCCAGCACUGGAGAGUACGUUGUCAUGAAAACACAAUUCCACCUUAAAAGGAAAAUUGGAUACUUUGUCAUCCAGACGUAUUUGCCAUGUAUCAUGACGGUGAUCCUCUCCCAGGUGUCUUUCUGGCUAAACAGAGAAUCUGUCCCUGCCAGAACUGUAUUUGGAGUGACCACUGUUCUGACCAUGACAACCCUGAGUAUCAGCGCCAGAAAUUCUCUCCCCAAGGUGGCCUACGCUACAGCCAUGGACUGGUUUAUUGCCGUUUGCUAUGCCUUUGUCUUCUCAGCUCUCAUUGAGUUUGCCACGGUAAACUACUUCACAAAGAGGGGAUACGCCUGGGAUGGGAAAAGUGUGGUGCCAGAAAAGCAAAAGAAGAAGAAGGAGUCCUUAAUGAAGAAAAACAACACCUACACUGCUGCAACGGCCACAUCUUUUGCUGCCAACAUUGCCAGAGACCCUGGUUUGGCAACUAUUGCUAAAAGUGCCCCCCCACCCCCAACCGACCCCAAGGAAGAGCCCAAACCCAAACCACCUGAGGCGAAGAAGACCUUCAACAGCGUGAGCAAGAUUGAUAGGAUUGCCAGAAUAGCGUUCCCGCUGCUCUUCGGAACCUUUAACCUGGUGUACUGGGCAACUUACUUAAAUAAAAAGCCCAAAAUACAGGGUGCCCUACAACCCCACUAAUUCUACCCCUUUUGUUUUUCUUUCAUUUGUUUUUGUUUUAUUUAAAAAAAACAAAAAAAAACUAUUUGUCUCAGUUUUGUUUCAAUGAUAGUCAAUCUCCCAUUUUGAAAUUUGUGUCAUAAAAUGUAACUUAUCUUCCUAAAUGAAUAAGAGAUAAGGUCUGCAUUAUGAACAAAAGAAAGGGAGCUCUUACUAUACUGUACACACAGACACAAUAUAUCAUACUAGAGAAAAUGCUUAUCUGCAAACACGUAGAAUAAUAGUUAAUAAAAGCUCCCUUGUAUUUCUCAAAGGAAUAGUUGACCAAAUGAUUUUCGACCCUUAUGUCAUUCUAAACCUGUAUACUGCUAUCUUUCAAUGGGAAACACAAGAAGAAUUUGGAAGAAAUAAACGGCAUACAGGCAUUCCAUUUUCAAAUUUUUUUUAGGAGCAUCAUUAUUCACAAUUAAUGAUGGAUUAAAAAACCUGUCCAAAGGUUCUUUUUUAAUAGGCACAAAUUAACAGCAUACUGUUUUUUAAUGACAUGGAGGUCAAUGACAGAAUCUGUGGCAAACUAAUUUGUUGUGGCUUCGUAAUAUGUUUCACUCACCAUUCAAUUAAUAUUUUGCAUUAUGAGUUUAUGUAUUUAGAUGAUUCUGUUUGCAUGGGGGAAGUUUCUUACCCGUUUCUGUACCCAGUCAACAGCUUGAUUUAAACAAUGCUACCUACAAUCACAGUCAUGUGAUGACGUACACUGCACUUUCUUUGGUCUAUGUUCUGGAUAUUAUUUUAUUCUAUAUUAUAAUAGGGUUCCAUUAACAGCAAUAAACGUCUUGGUGGGAAAAAGAAAAAUAAUAAUUUACUCAUAGAAAUAAAAAAGUAGAGAAAUUCAUAAAGAUUAUUGUGUAUAUCUUAUCUUACUAUUUAUUUAGUUUCAUGUAAAUAUAAAAAGUGUUAGAGAUGUCAAUAUAAUUUUGAGCUUUGCUAAAUGUAACUACAAGGUACAAACUCAGUGCUUAAAUGAGAGACAGAGAGAGAGAGAGAGAGAGAGAGAGAGAGAGAGAGAGAGAUUAUUGUGUUUCAAGUUGUGUGACACAUUGAGAGGAUUCGGGGUGUGUAUAUAUAUAUAUAUAUAUAUAUAUAUAUAUAUAAUCUCUUUUUUGAUCCACUAGACAGUAGUUUUGGAUUCAACUUUUGAUGGCAAAUAUACAUAAAUGAAAAGUAGUAUAUUUGUGCAUUUGCAGACUUACAUUUUGGAAGAUGGACUACAGUAGAUACUUAGAAAGAAUGUAAACUAUUGUCUUGAUGUUGGAAUGCGAUUUUAUAUUUAGCAUUAAAUAACUCUUUAUUCUGUAUGUUGGUUAAUGGUUAUUGUGACAUAAGGGAUAUAAAAAUGCCACUAGGGUUCUACAGUAUGUGCUGCUAUCCACAUAGCGUCACAUUUGAGUUAGAGAGUCAAAGAAGAGUGCCUUGCAAGCUUCAUAGGUACUUAUAAGGCACUCUCAUUCAAAUACUUGCUUGUUGGGUUUAUCUGGAUAACUUUUCAAAGACAUCACUAGUAUCAGCCACACUGCCUUUUGUCUCACAUGCCAUUAGAAAGUAAACAUAUUCAUUACAGACAUCUUUGUGACUGCUUGCUGAUGAAAACUAGGAAAAUGUGUCUAGAUAUUAGCCAUGUAGGCGAAUACACUGUUCUACACAUAAUGUCUUGUAGUGCUAUAACAAUGCCAAAUUUCUUUGUUUGUGGCAUGAUGUCAGUCGCUCUAUAAGCACCUGUCGAAAAGAAACCAAACUUGUAAAGAAUAUCCUCUCUAUUUUUGGACUCAGACUGACAAAAGGUUUCCCCUCAAAUGAGGAGCUUUGACAUAUGUUACUUGGAUGUAGCAUUAUAGAUUAGCCAGGGCUUUUUUGCGAUCGAAAUGAAAUUUCAAGUUACCUUUAUGUAUGCCUAAAAUAUUUGAAGCUUUUGUCCUGUAGUUGACAGUAUUUCUAAGAUUUUGUUACAGUUUCAGUGCUAAGUAGCCUUUUAUUCUUUUUGAAAAUAAUAAACACAAAAUAUUGAAACUGAUGUCUUUAAGACAUUCUAUUAGAGAAGGACGUUUCUGGGGCACUAUCUUAUCUAUACGGUACAGAAAAAAAGUUAAAUAACCCUGUUUAUUUGAUUUGGUCAAAUGACAAGUUGCUUUGAGAAAUGUGUGAACAAUAGAGUAUGGAUUCAGCUGGAGGCAGUACAAUUGCGAGUUUAUUGAGAUUAUAACUCCUUACCUUUUAUUAAUGUGUAAUAUCAUGUUGAAAAUGUAUAAAUAGAUACAUAGCUACAAUAAGCUGCAGUUGAAAAUUUCCAAAACGAUUUUUGUUCUAGAGACAACAUAUUAUAUUUGCACCAACCUCUUGUUAUGCAUUUUGCACCAAAUAGACAUAUUUUACAUUUCUGUAUUCAGCUUUGUGCUAUGCAAGGAUAGCUGUGAAUCACAUUACUUAGCCUCUCACUUUUUUCAGUGUCUUGAACAUUUGAACAUAUUGUAAAAUCUUACUAAGCUUUGGGGUUUUUGCUUAAACAAAACCUGACAUUUUUCUUUGAGAUGGGUAAUACAGAUGGCAUGGCAAUAAAAUAAAGACUGAUUUGAAAUAAAAAUUUAGUUAAUUUACAAUUUUUUCCACAAAAAUUAAUUCACUAAUUCUUAAAUGAUCAAAUAAUAUUUUGAUGCAUCUAAUUGAUUAAUCAUCUAUGUUAUGUAUUUGUGAAGCAUUUGAAAUUUGUGCUAUGUCAGAUGACCACUUCAAAUACAUACUAUUGUGAUAGUGAUCUGUUUUCAUUUUGGAAAUGUGCCAUGGGCAAAAACAAACAAUUAAUAAUUUAAACAAAUUUAUGCUCGAUAAAAAAAAUAUAUAUUUAGGAGUAUAUGGCAGACACAAUCAGAAACACAAAGUGCAGAGGUAGAAUAUGAUUUAUGCUGUUCUGUACACCUGAUUGUCUUUGUAAAUGUUUGCUUUCUUAAUGUCAUGGCCCUGUAGAAAAUUGAAAAAAAAAUAAAAGACAAAUAAAUUGAAUAAUGUUCAAUUUUA